UUUGGGUAAUAGAAUCAAAGGAUCAUUUUACAAAGAACAAUUAGCUAGAGUUAGAAAGGAUGCAGAAACUGAGUAUCGAAUUGAAAAGAUUUAUCGUAAACGAACUAGAGAUGAUGGAACUAAAGAAGUGUUAGUAAAAUUUAUAGGGUAUCCGAUACGAGAAUGGAUACCUGAAACAGAGUUAGUAUAAAUAGUGUUAACCUUUUUUUAUUGUAUCAUUUUUAUUCAAAAAUAAAAUGUCAAAUUCUUUUUUUGUAUUUUUACCUAGUAACGUUUCAGAUUAUCCUGAAAAUCAGCCAAAUAGUUUUCGUGUCCAUUUACCUAAAUCGAUUUUCUUUAAUGGCGAUUGGGUUUGUGGACUACAUAGUAUUUCGUAUCCUUAUUCUUGGCCAUCUACAAUUGGAACAUUAGAUGAUCAAUGGAUAAAAAUUCAUAUAAUAGAUUCAGAUAUAAAUAAACAUGUUUUAAAAAUUCCUGUACCCAAAGCUUCACAUAAUACUACAGAAGCAUUACGAGAUUUUCUUAAUGCGAACUUGGAACAACAAAGUAAAGAACCUGAUUUGAUCUUUGCGCCAAAGGGUUUAGGAAAAGAAAAUAUUCAGUCUCCCCCAAGAAAAAAUAGGAAAGAAAGAGAUGUAGAGCUUAAAUCACCGCCUUUAUAUUUUCCAGGUGAAAAUUGUGAACCAGUUUCGCCACCAAAAAUAUCUCCUGAAAAAUCACCACUUCGAAGUUUAUCUCCAAAGUUAGAAAAGGUAAAUGAGGAGUUGAUUUUUGCAUCGAAAGGUUCUAUUCAGUCUCCUCCAAGAAACAAUAGGAAAAAAAGAGAUACAGUGCUUAAAUCACCGCCUUUAUAUUUUCCAUCUGAAAAUAAAAACGUCGAACCAGUUUCUUCACCCCCACUGCUAAAAUCUUCCGAAAAAUCUUCACCUCGAGUUUUAUCACCAAUAGUAAAAACUGUAAAUGAUGAGACAACUCUUUCACCAAAACCUUCUGAAAAAUUGCCCCCUCAACCAUCGACUCCUCGGAUAGAAACGUUAAAGGAUAAUCCAAUUCUCUCACUAAAGUCUAAUGAACAAUCACCUCCUCGUGUUUUGACACCUGUAAAAGCUUUAACACCACCACCACCGGAUCAAAUAGUAUUAGACCAAGACUCACCUAUAAGAAAGAAAAAGAAAAUUGAUACCCCUCCUCGACAACUUUCGUCGGACACUUUAGAAGAAAGAAAAGAAACAAAUAUUUCCUUUGAAUUAUUUAAAGAUAUUACAUGGACUGAAAAGAUGGAAAAGGUCCUAACAUUUAUCUUAGGACAUACACCUACACCUAAUGAACGUCAAAAAUACAGUUCAAAUAUGCCGAAACUUAUUUCUACAUAUGAAAAAUCAAAUCCCAGUCAAAUUGAUUUAUCAAUUCAAGAACAAGUUAUUAAAUCUAUCAAAUUUCAAUAUAACUCAAAUUUUGGACGAUUUAAAAUUGUUUUUGAUCAUCCUAGCAUAAAUUAUAUCUCAUUAUCUCCUCAGCUCGGAUAUGUACUAGGAUUUGAGAACCCUCAUUUUGUACAAAAUAAUGAAAUUGCCAAGUAUGGAUGUGAUCUAAAGGGAGGAUUUUCAAGUUUUGCGGUUUAUGCUAAAGGGUUGACUGAAAAUAUGAUAAUUGGUAAUUCAUUAAGUUCGCUUCUUCGUGUCGUCUCAGUUUCAGGAGCAACGCCUGGGGAAUAUAAUGAAAAGAUUUAUGACACUCCUAUCUACGCUCGUGUUCUUCCUAGAGAGAUCAAUGAAAUAGAAAUUGAGUUAAGAACAUUAGAUAACGGACGUCUUAUACCUUUUUCAUAUGGAAUAGUUUUAGUUGUUUUGAUUUUUAAAAAAGUUUUAAAAUUUUGA